UUUGGCCGUCGUGAAGCAAGAGGAAUAUAUAUUUUUACGCAUUUUUGUUGUUGUUGUGUUCGAUAAGAAGCUAUGUGCAGCUGAUUGACGCCAAUAGCGGAAACAUUCGAAACACACGUUAGUUAGUAGCACGAUGGCCACAUUAUUCUGCGGAGUGCGCCUGCUGCUGAACCGGUCGAACUUGUUCGCCAACUCCCGGCGACAUGGAUACAUUGUGCUGGUACCGGAAAUCGGCGAGGAUCUGCCAGAGAAGAACCCGCUGUCGAGUUUACACGGUUUGCCGGAGUUCAACAAUGUUACCAUCGAAAAAUGUGUUGGUGCCAUCGGUCAGCAGGCGAUAGCGGUGGAGAAGAGUGUCCGUACGCUGGAGGAACGGCUAGCGCAGAGCGACGACAUCGAUGGCGUGGUGAAGGACAUCAUUCUGCCGCUCGAGGCGAAAAGUGCACCGCUGGAAACGACGUGGGGCAUCGCGAAGACGCUCUAUCUGGGCAAUAGCUCGCGGAUGCCGACGAAAAGCUACAUGACGAUCCACGAGCGGGCCCGCGGUGCGUGGAGGGCAAAGUUCAACAGCCUACCUAUUUACCGGGCGCUCAAGGGGGCGCUAGAACCCGAGCCGAAACAGUCGCCGGAGGAGGGCGAUAAGAAGCGCCCGGUGUUGGACAGUGAGUUGACCGGCGAGGAGCGCCGUUUGUUGCAGAAGUAUGUGCUGGAGGCAAGGCUGAGCGGGAUCGAGGUGCAAGGGCCGGCGAAGGCCGAACUGAACGAGAUUCUUGAUCGGCUCGCGAAAGAGCGUACCCAGUUUCAGAACAAACGAAACGUGGCGGUUAAGAAAUUCCAGCAGGUCAUACAGGAUCCGGCGAUAAUGAAGGAGUUUCCACCGACGUUGCUGCAAUCGCUGGCAGCCGAUCCCAGCCAGGCUAUGAAGGGACCGUGGAAGAUAACGCUGCAACCGGCGGUGGCACACAGUUUCCUCGAGUACUGCUCCGAUCGAACGCACCGCUGGAACCUCUGGCAAGCGGACACGCGCAAAUGCUCCAUCCACACGGACAAAUCGCUCGAAAAUAGUUCUCAUCUGGAGUCGAUCCGCGCGCUGCGCAAACGGCAGGCGAAGCUGCUCGGCUACGAAAGCUACGUGCACAUGUCGAUGGAGACGAAAAUGGCCGGCUCGAUCGAGGCGGUACGGAACGUGCUGGACGAGCUGCAUCGGUACGCGCGGCCAGCGGCCGACCACGAGCUGACGAUGCUGGAGCGUUUCGCCAACGAGCACGGGUGCCGUACCGCGCUCGACAUCUACGACGUGCCAUACUGGAAGCGGCGACACCUUGCCAGCGUGCACCAGUUCGAUCAGGAGGCGCUGAAGGACUACUUUCCGCUGCCGAAGGUGCUCGGCGGCCUGUUCCAGCUGGCCGAGCACCUGUUUGGGGUGCGCAUCGAGGAGCGGGUGGGCGUGGACGUGUGGCACGAGGACGUCCGAUUCUACGACAUCUACGAAGCGCGCGGUGGCGGCGGAACGAAGGAACCGAUCGCGGGCUUCUAUACCGAUUUCUACUCGCGCGAGGACGAGAAGACGGCCGUGCCGGAGAAUACCGGCUGGAUGGUGGGCAUCGUCAACCGGAGCGUGGCGCUCGAUGCACCCCCGCUCGCCGCCCUGAUUGGCAACUUCCCGGCGCCACUCUACGGUAAACCGUCGCUGCUCACCCUCGACGACGUGCAGAUGCUGUUCAAGCAGUUUGGGCGCGGGCUGCAGCAUCUGCUCACCACCUGCCAGUACAGCGACGUGGCGGGCCUCUCCAACAUCGAGUGGGACGCGGUCGAGGUGUGCGGGCACGUGUUCACGCACUUCCUCCACGACGGCGCCACGCUGCGCUCCAUCUCGUCGCACUACACCAACGACGACCCGCUGCCGGAGGCGUGCGUCGAGGCGAUCCAGCGGCGCCGGACGCACCUGGCCGGCUACCGGCUGUGCCGCGAGCUGUACCACGCCAACCUCGACCUGCAGCUGCACCUCACCAGCGACUACUGGCUGGACGUGAUGCGCUCGCUCUAUCCGGCCUACCAUCAGUUCCCGCUCGACCGCAAGGAUGCGCACGCGUGCUCGCUCCUACCGAUCGUGUCCGGCGACUGGGGUGCCGCCUACUACGGCCACGUCUGGUCGCGCAUGAUCGCCGCCGACGUGUACAGUGCGUUCGCCGAGGCGAAGGAACCGGCCGCCCGGCAGGAGGUGGGCCUCCGGUUCCGCGAUACCUUCCUCUCGCUCGGCGGCGGCUGCCAUCCGGGCGAGGUGUUCCGCCGGUUUCGGGGCCGCGAUCCCUCGCCGACGGCGCUUCUGCAAACGCUCAGCAUUUACAAACAACAGCCACACGGCGGUUCGGGUGCGGGCCCGUCCUCCGUCGGUACCUCCGCCGGCUCCAAACCCGAACCCUAGUGCAAUUCACCCCUCAAAAAAGAACCCCCCCUAGUCGUCGCUCCCCGUUACAACGAAAUUCGCAGUGUAGAAAAAAUCCCCAGCUCUACCCUAAAUUAGCAGUUUGUUUUCCUUUCGGCACGCAUGGCGUUGCGUUUGAAAAUUACGUAGUGUAAAUCCAUCUCGGUAGUGCAUCAUUUUAUUUCUAUUUACCCCAUGUAUAUUGUUUGUUUUGGCCCGAGAAGCGAAAUCUUGCGUGUUUUGUGCAAUCAAGCGAUGCACAAUUGAACCGUUACUUGCUGGAGGAAGAAGAAAAAAAAAUUACUAUAUUAGAACCCGUGUAAAAUAGCGCAUAGAAACGAUUAAAUACAAAUGAUUCA